AUGCAUCGACUACAAGUAAGACCAGUUACACAGGAAUUACAACUACCACAAUUAGGAAAUGCUCGACCAUGGAGAAUGAAUCUAAUGGCCGUGAGUGAGCAAGACCCAUAUCUUAUGUUUAUUGCAUUGCAUGAUUACAUCAACUGUUAUCGAAUAGUUCAAAAAUACCAACCUCGCAUACAAGUGUCGCAUGUGCUUCAUACACAUACAGACGAACCUAUUAAUGCCAUACGGAUUGGUAGGUUGGGGUUAGAGGAAGUGUUGAUAUCUGCAGACGACAGUGGUCAGAUACGAGUGUUUUUCCCUUCAAAUUUAUGUCGUACACCCAUAUCGUUAAGUGCAGGAAUAUCUGCAUGGGGAUGUGCGACCUUUGGUCCAUCUCGACUUCUUGCAAUCUCAACAAAUGCACAUACUAUUCGUGUAUGGGAUAUGUCGACACAUCUACCUCAAGAUUCACGUUCAGAUCAGACACAUACCACUGCAUCUUCAUUCGAAUUAUCCGAGUUGCCAUCAGCUUUACAAUCACCUGAUUUAUCAAGACCGGAAUCGCAUACUACUGAACAUCAUUUUAGACAGUAUUCAGACUAUCAGCUAGGACAGGGUUUAACUACUAGAGAGCUGGUUGGACAUAGCCACAAUGUUCCAUGUAUAGAUUUUUCACCAUGUGGAAAGUAUAUUAUAUCUAGUUCAAUAGAUGAAACAUGCCGAGUAUGGGAUAUUUCAACAGGAGAAACCACAUUAUGUAAGAAAAUUGGAUCAGAAUGGAACUGGACAUGCCGAGCAAUUGAAACACAAGACAUCAAGAAUUUGCUACAUACAGAUCCAGUGUGGUCAGCAGCACCAGGAAGCUCUUUCAACCCAUUUGCAGAGUGCAAUCCGUCAUACCAGGAAGCUGUACCGUUUUUGAGCAGAUUGUAUCAAACAUUGGUGGAUAACGGACAUCGCGUGCUACCAUCUAACGAGAUUUUUGAUGGAUUAAAUUGGACGAGAAGUACCAACACUCCUUUAGUCAACCAACAAGAAAAUUUGCCGACAGAUUUGAAUCCUUCUGUUGUAGAGGAUGAGGGCGAUGCAUCUCAGCUGAAUUCCGACGCAGAAGACAACAACAUAAUCCUAGCCGCCAACGAGAAUAACCAUUUGAUGCAAUAUUCAUCACACGAACAAUCGACAAUAUCUGCACAAUCUGCUGUGCAAACUACCCGUUCUUUAAACGAAACUGUUCCAGUAUCUACUCUUCCAUGGCGUGGAUUUACUCAAUCCGAAACACUCAACAUCAUAGAGUAUUCUCAAGAUAUUCUUCACGGUGUGAUGAAUAUGCCACGUGGAGCUUCAAUGCAAGUUGUAGCAGCUGCUCAAGUGCAAUCUGCUAUGCAUGCUCAUCAACAACUUACAUCCGCAUUGCUCAAUUUAGAGUCUAGUUCAUCUGAAAGCGAAAAUGCUAGCAUACAUGAAUAUCAGGCGAAUAUGCAUAUGGGAGAAACGGAUGACGGUGAUAAUGAAUGGGAGGACACAUCGUUUGAAUCAGCUUCCGAAUACAGCUCUGAUUCCUCAAUACGUAUCGAUUUUAAUGCAUCUAGUGAAAAUACUCGCAAUAUUUCUGUAAAUGCCGCUGGAGAUUUUUUAGACAACUCGGACAUGGCUCCACCGACUCUAUCCACUGAACCAUCGUCUUCAUCUACAGCAACAUUUAAACGCCGCAAAAUGACAUAUUCGAAAUUGCGUAAGCCAGAAAUAGACAAUAUCGCUCCACCUCAAACAUUUCCAGCAUUUAUGAUUAUUUACACGACGGCCGAGGACCUGUUUCUAUUAAACGGAAACACGCUUGCAGUUGAAUGUCGUGUUGCCAAAAUUCUUUCUGGAUGGAAUUUACAACGAGCGUAUCGUGGGCUGGAACGAUUGAGCAUGACUGAAUGGAUUCCAGAACUUAGUGUGGCAGUAGUGGCCAGUCAACGAGGAAAAUUAGCACUUGUCAGGAUUGUUAGGACAACGGAUGAUACUGGCCAUAUAAAAUUCUCAAUGUGUCUGGAAUGCUGGCUACCACUUCACACAGCAUCACUUGCGCCAAUACUUGGAAUGUCAAUCUCACGUCAUAUAUCUACUCUUGAUCCAUCUCUAACCUAUUUUCGUCUAUACAUUGUUACAUACGAUAGCAAGCUGCCGAGUGUUGGAAAUGAUUUGGUAUUGCAAUGA